ACAAACAAACAAACUGACAUACAAGUGAAGCUAAUAUAAAGCGUGUAAAAAAUCAAUUUCAGUUUCAAGAAAACUGCUUUUGUCGAAAUGUCGAGAGUAGAGCACAACCUCAACGCUUCGCUUAUGAGGCGUGCAAUAAAUAAAUAAAUCUUUAAUUAUUUAAAUUCCAUACUGCGUCAAGUAAAUGAUAAAAGUGAAUGCGUAUAAAAAAUAUUCUCAGUAUAUUUAACGCUUUAAAUGAUAAACCUUUCGUCGAAUAGCAUAAGAACGGGAUUAUUGAGAAUUAUAGGUAUUAAAAAAUAUUUUUAUUGUGACGAGUCUCGUUAUUGAAUAAGUGAGUUGGGGAUUAGACGGUACUGCAACAAGUUUCAUUCGAAUCUUAGCCAUGGCCACGAACAGAAAAAUAAUUCUUUUGGUUUGUUUGCUGAUAAGCAUCGCAGUAAUAAAGGCGCAAGGCUCAUAUAAAAGUGGAUACUGUCCUCUCCAAAAUACUGUUACGAGAUGCAUGCCGAGAUGUCACAGCGACUAUGAAUGUUCGUUUAAUGAAAAAUGCUGCCCGAAUAAAUGCGGCUCUAUGUCUUGCGUGUCACCGAGUGCAGUCGCAACUGGUUACAACGGCGGAUACAAAGGUUCUGGAGAUAAUGGGGUCAGUUGUGGUGGAACAACCUGCAAUAAAUAUCAAAAAUGUGAAUUCAAUCGUAGUACCAAACGUUACGAAUGUGUUCGUACAUAAAAUUGUUUUUUGAGUGUUGUAUUAAAUUGAAAUUAUUCAUCGAUUUU